AUGCAGGAGAGAUCCGAGCACCUGGCACAGAUGGACGCAGCGCAGAUGACGUGGACCAGCAAGUUGAGCGAGACAGCAAAAUCCAUCAAGGAAGCGACCAGAGAUGCCCACCUCACGGACUCCGGAGCCAUCGAGAUAGCAUCUGGGGACGAGGAGGACGAGGACGAGAUGGAGGAUGCAGUGGACCAAGCAGCACAAGAGGCUGCCAAGGCAGAGGUUCGCCAACAGCGCGUUGCCCAUCACCAUGCGGAGCUAGAGAAAGCUCUCAAAGCAGUUCGCGACGAGGCGGUGGCAGGUUCAGACAAACGCGAAAGAACCCCCAGGCGCUCUCAGGUCAAAGCCGAAGUCAAGGAAGAAGCCAAGGACACCAAAGAUGCAAGCAAUCCUGGUGGUGCUUCCAAGGACGGAGAGCCGAAAGACGGCCACGCGAUCGUGGAGUUUCCACAUUCGGUGCAUCUUGAGCCCGACUUUGUGGACGAACGACUCGUUACAUAUGGAUGGUGGGACCCGCGCAUCGAGGAAAAUGCGCGCGCACUGGACAUCGCCAACGGCCAUACGGUAG